UUCAGCUUCGGAGAUUUCAACUGAAAUGGAAGCAAUCCUGGUGAAGCUGAAAAAAAGUUUUAUGGUUGGAAACGCAAAACAAAAGCCAACUCAGUAACAUCCAUCUCUGUUCAAACUGAUAAGUCGUCGUUGACAACAAAAUCCAGCAGCAAUGGUGUUUUGAUCGUUGGUGUCGUAUGUGCUUUUAUCAUUCUCCUGCUCAUAGGAAUUGUCCUUUACGUGAUUGUCCGACAUCGCAGAAAGGGUUUAUACAACAAGUUCGAUAAUAACUUCAAGUAUAAUCAUGAAGACGAAAGUAUUGCUUAUGAAUCUCCUGAGGACUUUUGGACAUCGUUUCGGGAUUUCCCAAGACUGAUUGCUUCAUUUAGAAUUGUGUAGAAUGCCAGCUGUUGCCACAGAUAUUAAUGAAAUUUCAAACAAGGCUGAGCAUGAAAUGUCCAAAGAUAAAGCGGUAGCCAAAUGUCCUUUAAAUCUCUCAAAAUCUAACAAUGGAAAUGAACACAACGAAAAAGUUAUAAAAAAAGAACAUGAACAAAAAAGUGAAGAUAAUCCACCUUUGUAUUUCUUAAGUUUGAAACUCAUUGUUCCAGGAUCAAAUGAAGCUGUUCCUAUCCAGAUCUCCUCUCACGAGACCAUUCAAGAUAUUCGCCAGGUCAUCUUAGAAAGGCAGGAAAGCUGUUUUAGAACAUGUGUCUCGUUGUAUUUUGAUGGAAAACGGCUGGAUGAUUUUGCUGAAUUACACACAAUAGAUGGAUUGAAAGAUGAUUGUACAAUAAAGAUUAUUGAAGAACCAUAUUCGGCUCGUGAAGCUCGAAUCCACUUGAGAAGAUUACGAGAUUUAUUAAACACCUCAUUUGAGAACAACGCGCAAAAUGCAAAUGAUAAUUUAUCAUUUUCCUUCUAUGUUGCUGUUUCUGGCAUGGAGCUUGAAGAGGAAGUUCAAGUUUUAAAACAAAAACGUGACAAUGUUAAUGCCUUACCCACGGAUGAAUGUAAACCUCCUGAUUAUGUUUUUCCUUCUGACGAAAUACCUUUGUCAGUAAAUGCAUUAUUUCCAAAGUCUUUGACAACAAAGGUGCCCGUAUGUUUGAAAGAACUGUGUUUGAGCAGUUGGAAUCCCCCUCCUGGGUUCCGUAAGUUGGCGGGAGACCUAUUGUACAUUGACGUCAUCACGUUGGAAGAUGAUCACGUGAACGUGACGUCAUGUCCAUCGGGUUUUUAUAUAAACAGAAGUAACAAUUCUGUGUUUAAUCCUGUACCUCGACCAGAGAGUUGUCGGUCUCAUACGUUAGUUGGUCUGCUUUCGCAGCUAAGUCCACUUUUCAAGAAAAACUUUACGCUGUUACAAAAAAAUAGCCUGAAGAAACAUCCAUUGGAAGUUUUACCGACUCCUUAUCAAGUGUUUCAGUGGGCCGUUCCUAAACUUGAACACUUGGAAGAUAGAAUGAGAGCCGAGGACUCUUCUUAUGUAAGAAUUGGCCACGAAGAACAUAUGCCUGGGCAGUUACGUGACUGGAACGAGGAACUUCAAUCUGCAAGAGAAUUACCUAGAGGAAAUUUACAACAAAGAUUGUUACGAGACAGGGCUAUGUUUAAGAUAACGAGUGAUUUUGUUAUGGCUGCUACACGUGGAGCGAUGUCUGUUGUUGAUGGAAAUGUUAUGUCAAUCAACCCUGGUGAUGAUGAAAAAUCUCGGAUGUAUAUCUGGAAUAACAUCUUCUUUAGUUUGGCAUUUGAUAGCAGGGAUCAUUUUAAAGAUGUUGGCGGUGAUGAGGCCGCCUAUGCUGCUGCAGGCGCCGACCUACAAGGAGUGAUGGCAUAUAACAGGAUUGACGUUGAGGGUCUGUACACAUUGGGUACUGUAGUUGUGGAUUAUCGUGGAUAUCGUGUGAUAGCGCAGUCCAUCAUACCCGGCAUUUUACAACGUGACCAAGAAAACUCUGUUAUCUAUGGCUCUAUUGAUGCUGGAAAGACCAUCACGUCUAAUCCAGAGUUUUUGAAACUGCUGAGUAAAGCAGCCAGACCUCUCAGAAUAUGCAGUCAAAAGGUUCUUGACGAAAAAGACGAAGAAGUUGAGUUGAUUUCCUCUGUCGAAUGCAAGGGAAUACUUGGUGCUGAUGGACGUCAUUAUAUUUUGGAUUUAUUUCGAACAUUCCCAACUGAUGUGAAUUUCUUGGAAGGUGCUAGCUUAGAAAAUUCUGAGGAAGUCUUUAAAUAUCCUUUAAAAUACAAGACAAAAUUAGUCACAUUGCGACCAGAGUUGAUUGAGUCUUUUAUUGCGACUCGAUACGUGAAUUUUUUGAGGCUUGUUGCGAAGAAUGUCUCAUUUAAAACUAAAGCUAACGAGGAUAAAGCGCAGAGCUCGAUCGACGAGAAAGAUUUUGAGACGAUGAAUGACGAUAAUCAUAACAAAGAUGAUGAAGGAGAGAAAUCAAAAGUGGUGGAAGAGGAAAAGAUAGAGGACAAAGAGAACAGCUGUAAAAAACCAGCUUCUGAAGAAAAAGUGUCACAUGGCGCGGGAAAAAAUGGAACUGUAACUUAUGAAUCAUUAAAUGAAACAGGUGUAGAAUUUGAUGUUCAGUUUAAUCCUGAUGCGUACAAUGAAAAUGUUCGACCUGCUGAAUGUGAGAAUGGUCGUUUACCUAAAGAUAAACAAUUGAUUCAAGAUGUUGCGUCAUUUUUGUCGCAUGCCGUGAUCGCCACAUUGGUAAAGGACUUUAUCACUCUUUCCCAGUCUCCAAUGGAUGGUGCAUCCUUUACUGAAAUCUUGCAUGUGAGAGGGAUCAGCAUGAGGUAUAUUGGUAAAAUCGCCAUCUGUCUAUCGGAGAAAAAAGAUUUAGAACAUGUCUAUAAAAUUUGUAUUUCUGAAAUGAUUUCGAGAGCAGCAAAAAGAAUAUUCAAAGCUCACUUAAGAGAAGCUUUACAACAAUAUCUUUCAAUAGCUGUCAGCCAUUUUCUUAACUGUUUCCUGAGCUCAUAUCCCAAUCCUGUGGCCUGUUUACCUAACGGCGAGUUCGCACAUAAGAGAAAAAAGAACAAGAAAAAUAGAGGCAGUAAACAAACUCUAGCUGGUGAAGUCGCUUGGGUUAAAUUAACUCCCAAGCUUCUUUGGUCGUGGAUUGUCGACGAAGUCAGAAAUCACUUUGGCUUUGAGUUAAAACAAGAAAGUAUAGAUGAAGUUGUUGAUACUUAUGUAAUACAGCCGUUGUCUCUUCUAAGAUCAUUCUGUUUGAAGACAGGUGUUCAAGUCCUGUUACAUGAUUACGACUUUCGUUCAAAGAAGGCACCGACUUUUAAUGAAGAACAUAUAAUGAAUAUUUUCCCAAUAGUAAAACACACGAAUCCUAAGGCAAGCGAUGCAACAUCGCUCUUUGAGGCUGCUCAAAAUAAACUUCAAUCAGGUCUACUGAGUGAAUCACAUACCGUAAUGGUUGAUGCUUUGAAUCUCUACCAUCAAGUGUAUGGACCAUUGCACAGUGAUAUUGCUGUCUGCUAUAGGCAAAUAGCUCGGCUUUAUUACUUGGCUGGCGACUCGGUUCAGGCUGUUUUACAUCAACGAAAAGCUGUCGUUGUCUGCGAAAGAGUAUACGGUAUUGAUCACCCAGACACGAUAAUGGCAUAUCUUCAUUUGGCCUUAUACUCUCAUAAUGCUGGAUUGGUUUCUGCUGCUCUAAAAUUGAUGUAUCGUGCGCGUUAUCUUGCCUUAAUUGUCUUUGGCGAAGGACAUCCUGACAUGGCUACAUUUGAUAGCAAUAUUGGCUUAAUUCUACAAGGACAACGAGAGUUUGAUCUUUCCGUGAAGUUUUUGGAAAACGCUGCAAAGAUACAAGAGAAAUAUCAUGGUCCAGAUAGUAUACACACGGCGAUGAGUUAUCAUCUUCUGGCAAGAGCUAAAGCGUGUGUUGGUGAUUAUCGUUCUGCUUUACAAAGUGAAAAAUUAGCUUUCAAUGUUUACCAAAGGAAGUUUGGUAACUUGGACAUUCGUUGUCAAGAAAGUUCUGAGUUUCUUAAACAACUUACAAAGCAAGCAGUUCAGUUGCAGCGAAAGCUGAACGAAUUGUCUGGCAUUCGUGGACAAUCAGAUUCAAAAGCUGAGGUUGCCGUUCCCCAAGGUGAUCGAGAAGAAAUAUCUCGUUUAAUGGGAAUGAUUACGGGUCUUCAAGACUCACCAUCCAGAAUAAAGGAACAGAAACAGCAAAGCUGAACAUUGUGCUAUAUAAAAACACGUGAGGUGUGGACACUGAAAUUUUAUGAAACCUACACUUGGAUUAAAAUUUAUUUGAAGUACGAUGAACUACCUACAUAACACCGUAGAAAUUCUUUGAGUGAACUAUGGAUCAUCGUUAUUGUUAUCGCUCAUGGCAAAUUGACCCAAUCUGAAAAAUUACUGACGAAAUUAGUAUAAGAGGGAAGGUGUUUAAUUUGAAAUACUAUGGAGUAUGGAUAGUUAUAAUGAAUUUUUGUUGCAUCAACUUAGUAUCAAUUACAUAAGAUAUUUUCUCAUAUUACUUCAAAGUCACUUGAGACUCAAGAGGAAGAAAUAAAUUGCAACUUGUCUCUUUUGAUUUUUCGAA